AUGAGGCCAGGGGAAAAGCCAAGAACAGCUCCCCGGAGGUGGGCUGCAGACAAGCAGCGUCUCUGUGUCCUUCUCAGCUCGAUCAGGCGCAAAAGAAUGCCAGAUGUGACUGUAAAAGAUGCUUUGAUGAAGGAAGAUAGAGUACAUGAUAAGGAGGAGCAGGACUCAGAGAAGACUAGAUGUGAAAAAUACCAGUUUAGAGAGAACAGCAAAGCAGAAGGGAAACAUCAUCACCUUGAACCUUUUCCCACUGUAUUCUUCGACACUUCUGUCUAUGUCGAGCCCUUGGGCCUCAUCUCCUUCGAGCUGUUUGCAGACAAAGUUCCAAAAACAGCAGAAAACUUUCGUGCUCUGAAGACUGGAGAGAAAGAAUUCGGUUACAAAGGUUCUUGCUUUCACAGAAUUAUUCCAGGGUUUAUGUGCCAGGGUAAUGACUUUACAUGCCAUAAUGACACUGGUGGCAAGUCCAUCUAUGGGGAGAAAUUUGAUGAUGAGAACUUCAUCUUGAAGCGUACAGGUCCCGGCAUCUUGUCCAUGGCAAAUGUUGGACCCACCACAAACGGUUCCAAGCUUUUCAUCUGCACUACUAAGACUGAAUGGUUGGAUGGCAAGCAUGUGGUCUCUGGCAAGGUGAAAGAGGGCAUGAAUGGUGUGCAAGCCAUGGAGGGCUUUGGGUCCAAGAAUGGCAAGACCAGCAAGAAGAUCACCAUUGCUGACUGUGGACUUGUUUUAUCUUAA